ACGUUCAGUCCUGCGGCUCCUGCUGUACUCGUGCCUCGGGCUUCGCUGGCUUCGUUCAUCAUUCAGUCCACCCCUCGCCCAGUCCACCUCUCCGCCCGCCUUUCCCGCGCCCCACGCUGCCGCGUCUCCUGGCCAGCUUGCCACCAGCUCUUAGGCCGAGAACCUUCCUGGAGCUUAAACCGGACCUUUGUCACUCCCUUCUUAAACCCUAGGGGCAGCGCAGUGUAGCGGGCAGCCCAGGGCUGAUGGGGCGCUCUCCUGCUGCACCGCCUGGCUCUUGAGGCCCGGCUCCGCGUUCCUUCCCUCCUUCCCUCGCUGUUGCUCCUGGAGCCCGGAUGGGUCUGGGGGUGUUGGGGUGCAGGGGCACCGCCCAUGGCACGCAGUGUGACCGCCGAGACUUCCGAGUGAGUCCAGGCACACUAGCCCUCGGCCCUCACGCUUGUCCCCUCCCACUGCUAAAGGGGAACGAGGCCGGGGACCAUCCGGCUCCAGGUAGGAGGAGCUGGAGCUGCGGCUGGAGCGGCAAGGGGGAGGGACGGUCGCAGUAGUCUCGCAGGAAGCCGGAAGCCACAGUAGGUGCCACCUUGCCGACCUCGACUCCUUCUCAGCCGGGGUGUACGUAGCCUUGGGCUUGCUUCCUGCCUUGGCUCUGCGUGCUCCUGCCCAGGCUGGGUGCUGGCGGCCCCGGCGGUGGCCAGGCGUUCGCUGCUCCCUGGGGCUGCAAGGUGAGGACGGAGAGCACACUCAGCACGGGCUGGGGCUUCAGCCCAAACACCCACAUCUGAGCCAUGAGGACAGCACUCGUGUACCACGAGGACAUGACGGCCGCCAGGUUGCUCUGGGACGAUCCCGAGUGUGAGAUCGAGUGUCCUGAGCGCCUGAUUACCGCCCUGGGACGUUUGCAGCAGCGGGGCCUAGAGCAGAGGUGUCUGCGGUUGACAGCCCGAGAGGCCUCGGAGGCAGAGCUGGGCCUGGUGCACAGCCCAGAGUACGUGGCCCUGUUGCGGGGGACCCAGGCCUUGAGCACAGAAGAGCUCCAGGCGCUGUCAGGACAGUUUGAUGCUGUCUACUUCCAUCCGAGUACCUUCCAUUGUGCCCGGCUGGCCGUGGGGGCUGGGCUGCAGCUGGUGGACGCAGUGCUGACGGGGGCUGUGCACAACGGGCUUGCCCUGGUGAGGCCUCCCGGGCACCACAGCCAGAGGGCCGCCGCCAAUGGGUUCUGCAUGUUCAAUAAUGUGGCCAUAGCGGCCAAGCAUGCGCAGCAGGAACAUGGGCUGCACAGGAUCCUCAUUGUUGACUGGGACGUCCACCAUGGCCAGGGCACCCAGUAUAUUUUUGAGGAUGACCCCAGUGUCCUUUACUUCUCCUGGCACCGUUACCAGCACGGGCGCUUCUGGCCCUACCUGCCAGAGUCCGAUGCAGAUGCUGUUGGGCAGGGGCGGGGCCGAGGCUUCACUGUCAACCUGCCCUGGAACCAGGUCGGGAUGGGGAACGCUGACUACGUGGCCGCCUUCCUGCACGUGCUACUCCCUGUGGCUUUUGAGUUUGAUCCCGAGCUGGUGCUCGUCUCGGCAGGAUUUGACUCAGCGAUCGGGGAUCCCGAGGGGCAGAUGCAGGCCACACCAGAGUGCUUCGCCCACCUCACACAGCUGCUGCAGGUGCUGGCUGGUGGCCGGGUCUGCGCAAUGCUGGAGGGUGGCUACCAUCUGGAGUCGCUCUCCGAGUCUGUGUGCAUGACGGUGCAGGCCCUGCUGGGUGACCCUGCCCUGCCCCUGUCGGGGCCCAUGGUGCCACUUCACAGUGCCCUGGAGUCCAUCCAGAGUGUACGGGCAGCCCAUGUCCCUCACUGGAUUAGCCUCCAGCAGCAAGACUCAGCCCCUGUCCUGAGUCCCAGCACCUGCUCCCCAGAGGGGAGACCCUUGCCUCUGCUGCCGGGGGGCCCUGAAUUCAAGGCUGCAGCAGCCCAAGCCACGGUGGCACUAAGCUCCCUCCAGAACCAGCUGCACCUGCGCCCCACACCACCUGUCCACACAGCUGUUGCUCUGAUUCCCCUGGACGCUGCCCUGGUCCUGCCCCCUGAUGUCCUCCAUCUGGAGGGGUCAAGCCCGAAGGAGGAGACACAGGCCUGGGCCAGGCUACACGAGACCCUGGCCAAGGACGAGGCUGUCACUGCACUUGGGAAGAUCCUGUAUCUCUUAGAUGGGAUCUUGGAUGGGCAGGUGAGCAGCGGCCUCGCAGCCACCCCAGCUCCUGCUGCAGCGGCCACUCUGGACGCGGCCAUUCAGCAUGGCCUUUCCCAGGGAGCCCAGAGGCUUCUCUGUGUGGCUGUGGGACAGCUGGAUCGGCCAUCAGACCUUUCUGAUGACGGGAGGACUCUGUGGCUGAGCAUCAGGGGCAAGGAGGCGGCUGCCCUGUCCAUGUUCCAUGUCUCCAUGCCGCUGCCAGGGACGACUGGUGGAUUCCUGAACUUUGUCCUGGCGCUGGUGCUGCCCCUGGCCUAUGGCUUCCAACCUGACCUGGUGCUGCUGGCCUUGGGGCCAGCCCACGGCCUGCGGGAUUCCCAUGCUGCACUGCUGGCUGCACUGUUGCGGGUGCCAGCAGGGGGCCGAGUCUUGGCCCUCCUGGUCGAGGAAUCUGCACCCCAGCUGGCAAGCGUCCUGGCCCAGGUGCUGCAUGGGGAGGCGCCCCCCGGCCUGGGCCCCUUCUGCGUGGCCUCCUCGGGGGACAAGCAGGCCCUGAUGCACCUGAGAAGGCAGCUGGAGUCUCAGUGGAAAAUGCUGCAGGUGGCCGGUGAGACUAGGGGAUACGGCUUACACGGAAUGCCUGGGGCCCUGGGGGACAAUUCUGCUUUGGAGCUCCGUGUGGACAGUGGCUGCGUCCUGAGAGCAGAGCGCUGUCCUGAACCGGAGCAGUGCCAAGCGGAUUGCGCGCCUCUUCCCAGAUCCCGCUUGAGUGCUGACCUGGCUGCUUGACACCGGCCAGGGUGGGGGUAUUUGCACCCCGAAAAUAACGCCGCAGACACAAGCCUGCUGUUAAACAUUCACCGGCACAUUAGGGCCUCGGUCCCGAAGUCCCGAAGUCCCGCGCGGGCGCUGGUUCAGGGGCGUUUUGUCCGCUGCAGCCAAUGCUGCAGCGUCCGCACCCUCGCGCACCGGCCUCCACACGGAAGGUCCCGCCCCGGCUCCCUCCGUUCCAAUCAGUAAAGGUUUAA